CGUUGGUCACAGCGAUUUUUAAAUUCCAGCGAAACGCUCCGCAUGAUUCGAUGAGUUCUGCCUUCUGAGUUUGGACAAUUUCGUAAAGUCAUACCCAGCCGCACUCUGCCCUUUUUCCUACACGUGCCGAUUUCCUAUUGGCCUCAAACUCUCAUGGAUGACAUUAUUGGAAAUUCAAAUAAACCACGCUAAUUUUAUUUAUUUAAAUCGCUCGAUCACACAGGCACAGCACAAAGCCUCUGUUCCUACAAUGCGUCUACCAUAUGCAACUGAGUUAUAGCUAGCAGCAGAUUCAAGCACAGAGAGAGACUCCAUUGUCGUCUCUCACAGCAAGAAACGAAGACCACUGUGGUUUGCUGCGGUUUCUGUUUAUUUUGAGCUGUGUUCUUUCGGAUUUGGUAAAGGAGAGAGUAAUCAGGGGAAGACAUAGAACGUGGAGGAGAUGAUGAACAAAGAUACAUCGCACUGGUGGUGGUUUGAGAGCCACCAGAACUCCAAGCGCUCUCCAUGGCUACAAUCUACUCUUGGCGAGCUAGAGAGGAAGACAAAGGCAAUGCUGAAAUUGAUAGAGGAAGAUGCAGAUUCGUUUGCAGAACGUGCAGAGAUGUAUUAUGAGAAAAGGCCACAGCUGAUUAGCAUGGUUGAAGAUUUUUACAGGACACAUCGAUCAUUAGCAGAGAAAUAUGAUCAACUCAAAUCUGAUUCAGGAAAUCGCCUUAUAACAACAUUGGGUUCCCCGUUUUCAAUCAAAUAUCAGCAACAGAAGUUAAUGGGUGGGAUGGAUGAAACCUAUGGUGGCCAUUCUGAAACAUACGACCCAGAGGACUCUGCUGAGUCUGAAGUGGAAGAUCCUGAACAGGAAGUGGAAAUUGUAUGCGAAGAAGAAAUGGGAGAAGUUGAGGAUCCUGAAGAGAAAUUAGAAACUAGUGAAAUUGAAGUUUCAGGUGCAGUCUUUAAUGAUGAGGUGAUGAGGAUGCAGGAAGAACUAGAAAGACUCGUAGAAGAGAAGAGGAUUUGGAGGGAACAACUUCUGCAGAAAGAUGAAGAGAAGAGAGAGGUUAUAAGACAACUAAGUUUGGCUAUAGAAGUGCUUAAGCUAGAAAAUGUGCAGCUCAGGAAGCAUGUAGCAAGAGGCUCUACCAAGAAAACGAGCCUUUUUGAGUUGAAGAAAUUGAAGGAGGUGUUUUCAUGGAAGCUUUUCAAUGGCUUUUCAGAAUCUCGGGGUCGUGGGAGUGUUGUAGCUACUUAGAUAUAUAGUUUGGAGCCGACAAGUAGCUUGUAGACAGAGUUCGUAUCUAGGAAGAGUAUGUAUAAAUCGCAUAAUAUAGGAAGUAUACAUAUACAGUAGAGUGUCUUGAACUCUCUAUUUAGGAUUUUGCAUGUCAAACGUCUAGUUGUUGUCAAUAGUAAUAUAUAGUAUGCAAUUUUGAUGCU